AUGAAACGUGAGCUCGGUGUCCAAAUAAGUUGCAACAAGGCACGUAGGGGAAAGGUGGCCGCUUUACAUAUGCUGCAUGGGACACCGGAGGACAGUUUUCAGAAACUAUCUUCAUACUGUCACGUACUAGGUGAGAAUAACCCAGGGACGGUAACCCACAUCGAACUUGAUUCGCGCGAUAGAUUCCAUUACUUCUUCCUAGAUUUUGGUGCAAGCAUUCGUGGUUACAUGCAGUACUUGAGGCCCGUUGUUCGUGUUGAUGGUAGUCACUUGAAAGUUCCAUACAAGGGUACACUUUUACUGGCAACUGCCCAAGAUGCCAACAAACAGAUUUAUCCCUUAGCGUGGGGGAUUGUGGAUUCCGAAACUAACCGAUAUUGGAUGUGGUUUAUGUCUAACUUGAAAGAUCUUAUAGGAGACUCAGAUGAACUUGUAUUUGUUUCGGACAGGAAAAGAAGUAUCGAAAGAGCUAUUACUCACUUAUUUCCUUUGUCUCGUCAUUGUUGUUGUAUGUGGCAUGUGGAGAAGAACCUAAUUCGGCGGCACUUUAACGCAAGUUCAAUACUCCUGUUCAAACGAGCCGCUACAACUUAUUGGGUCGAAAAGUUCGAACGACUAAUGGGACAGAUUCGUAGGGUGAGUGAAAGAUGUUACAGGUAUUUGGAGAAAGCCGGUUUUUCAUUCUGGUCACGAGCACUAUUCGUGGGAGACCGAUACAACAUUAUGACAAACAACAACGCGGAAUCAUUGAACUCAAUGCUAAGACAUGCUCAUUCGUUGCCAAUCACGUGUUUGGUCGAGCACAUUCGUAAAACAAUGCAGAGGUGGUUUUACAAAUGUCGAAGCAAUGCAACUGCAUGCAGUACUAUAUUAUCGUCGAGGAUGGAGAACGAGUUACAAACAACAUUUGAAGCUGGUACUAGGCUUCGAGCCCAUGAGUUGACAAGCAGCUUGACCCAGGUUGGAAUAUCCAACAAUACGGAGAUAGUGGACUUCUCCGAUAACACGUGCACAUGUCGUGAGUUUCAACUAAAUCGUAUGCCAUGUGCUCAUGCAACUCGUGGUGCUACCCUGAGUAGUAAGUCAUUAUACGAUCUAUGCUCUCCGUACUAUACAUCGGAAUACUGGAGGGGUGCCUAUAUGGAAGUCAUAUAUCCCGUUACACAGGAAGUGGAUUGGGUUGUUCCAUAUGAAAUCCUAGGCACUCAUAUUUUGCCACCGACUGUACGUCGUCCUCCAGGUAGACCACCGACGCGACGUAAGCGAGCUAGAUACGAGUUCACUUCCCAACUGAGGAAAUGCACUCGAUGUGGGAGACUUGGUCAUAACCGGACCACAUGUUCGAACCCUAUUGUAUCACAAGCCACUUGA